AUGCCCCCUCGUGAUACCCCUGGGCAAAAACGACCGAACACCCGUGGGGUGAUGAAGAACAAGCCGAGAAAUCUAGCAGAGAGAAAUAGCAAACUCGAAGCGGAACAAGCUAGGCUAGCUGUCAUAGAAGAACAACUCAAGACGACCAACGAUUCCAGCUCUUUACGAAAGGCUGAGGCACUUCGUAAGGAAAUCGAAAAAGAUCGGAUGGACCUUGAUGAUCCCGACAACGCAGAGCCCGAUAGUUCGGGAGUAAAAGAAGAAGACGGCCUCUUUGUGCCACACUCCCCAGCACCAGGAGCGCAGGAACUAAAGUCCAAUCAUGCCAGGGGUAGUAACUCACCCAAAGCGGGAGACACAAGCAAGACGGAUGUGGACGACGACGGAGAAGAAACGGUUUCUCCCCAAGAUAUCUUGGAAGAGUUGAGCCCAGGCUCUAACCACAAUGAUGACGGUGAUGUGAAACAUGUGGGUUGGGUCCCGGGUGUCCGAGGUGUCCCACAUGUAAUUGUUCAAUACGGGCCGCAGAGCGUUUCCAGGUAUCGCAUGAAGAGGCAGAGCGACGUUUCAACACCUUUGAUAAAGGAUGAGGCAAGGAACCUGUCAGCUAACCGGCCAGGAGAGAAUAAAAUAAACGGCCGGUAUGAAUUCACGAAAGGGUGCAUCAAAGGAAUCCAGGGCGUGGCUUGGGUGCAUCCGGACAACGAUGAGGACCCCCUCAAGCUACUGAACCCGAAGAAUUGGCCUCGUAAAGGUGAGGGUAAACGGAGGACGACGCCAUAUACCCUGGUUAAAGUAAAGCUUUUAAAUGGUUACAAAGAUGGUGUUCCUCAAUAUGUUAAGAGUUGGGAGACUAGGAGCACUGUUAGGCGGCUUUGGAGUGUUUCGUACCCACCACCUACCACAGACAUUAUGAUGGGUGACAAGAUUCUUAUCCCUAAAAACCAGUCGAUCAAGUCUGCGGAUGUUGCCAUCAUCAUGGCGGCCAAGCGGUUUGAGGAGAAGUACCAGAAGUAUCGUACAGAGGAGGGAAAAGGAGGCGAAGAAAGAUCUCCAUCCCCAGAUCCGGCCUUGAAGAUUGGAAUGGAGGUAAACGAGUGA